AUGAAUGGCAAGCAAGCAGACGACCUGAUGGUAAGCUCAAAUAUGAAAUUCGUUCUGAUUGCUGCUGCAAUUCUCUCCGUGGCCAUUGGUGGCCCCGUUCAACCUGAUUUGGUUGUUCCUGAGGUGACUGGUCUAGAACCGAAUGUUCCUGCCAGCGUCGGAGUAUCGGCCACUGAUGGACUUACUCCCAGCAUUCUUCCGAAACCCAUUGCAAUGGGAACAACUGACAACUUCGAGGCCAGUGCAGUUGGCUCCAACAACAGCUACGAACCUAUUGCUGUUGGACCAGUUCUUGUAGAUGAACCAUCACCAAAUAAUAUUAAAUCCGGUGUCAUUGAUAAUUAUGAACAAAUCUCAAUUGGACCAGCCAUCAUCGACAAGCCUAUUCAAUACAACAGCGUUCCUCUGGUUCAGAUCAUCUUAAACAUCAAGCCAUCUCAGUAUGGAGCUAUAGCUAUUCCCCGUAAUAUUGAUAUUCUGCCAGAAACCAUUGAGUCCGUUCAGAUUGUGGACAGCGCUUCUGAGAGUGAUCAUAUCGAGGAGGCUCAUCCCGUACAGGUUGUAAACACCCCAGCCAUUGAUGACCCUGUGAAUGUGGUGGACUCUUCCCCUCUCCCAAUCGAUCCCGUCUUCCAUGCUGACCCAUCUCGACUUGCAUUCGACAUUGACCUUCGUGAAAAACUAACUAAAAAAAAUUAA